GACACAUGUCAGGUUUGUUGUUCGCAGAAGUGGGCUUCACCAAAUGCUGAAGCAUCGUCUGAUCCUUGCGUUUAGAAGUCUUGCCGGAAAACCGUCGCCUGUGAGACGUUUACCUGACCUACAUCCUUAAACCCAGGUUCAUAGAAUACUGUAAUUUGAGUUGAAGCGUUCCGGAGCGAGUGUUGGUGAGGUUUUGAGGCGGGAAAAGGUAUUGUUUACAUGUACGUGCGUGCGGGUCAGCACGCGCUAGAGAGGUCCCCUCCCACCCAAAGGUUCUGUCUGGUCCUGUCAUAGCACAUUCCUCCUCGUACCACGUCCAUUGCCGCUGCCCUGGACCAACUCCAACGGCCUUUGGAGACCCUUACCAUAUUUGCCCCCACCCUCAAGGCCUAGCUCCCUGAGGUCACGGGUUCCACAAGUCCAGCACGACCUUACUGGCGGAGAAAAACUCCAUCCAUGAUUCGCUUCAAGCUGCUGUCAUGCAAAUCCAUCAAGCAGCCAUAAGUUGGUUGUCAAGUCUUGCUGGGCCGACAUAAAGGGAGAAUACAACACCGGCAGCUACGACUACGACAAAGGCACCGGGCAAAUUGCCCAUCCCCCUCCCCCCCUUUCCAUCCCGUCCAUAGCACACAUCUCCAGCCUGCAGCUGAACUCCUCCAGGCCUCCCCACCCCUGUAUGUACCCUGCUGCAACAGUGCUGCAGUGAAGGGCCAUCUCCUCUCCGCUCCUCACCAGGAAUGCCCUCAGUAUUCAGCAGUGACAGUCCCAACGUUAUGGCCAACAACAAUGGCAACAAUCUGGCUCUGGACAUUCCCGUGGAAUCACGAAUGGGGAAAGUCAAGAAGUUCAUGUCAUCGCCUCUGUCCAGGAAGAAACUCUCGCCCGGAGCCAAACUGUUCGGAGCCCCUCUGGAAUCAGUACCUCGUGUUACAGACCUGAAUGUACCUUCUAUUGUCAAGAAAGUGGUAGACUUCAUCACCAUGCAUGGUAUUGGGCAUGAAGGAAUCUUCCGUGUGAAUGGCAACACCAAAGUGGUGGAGAAGAUGAAGACUAGUUUCGACAAGACGGGUGACGCGUGUCUGGAAGAGUUUGGGGACGUGUUUUCUGUGGCCUCGCUCUUGAAGCAGUACCUGAGAGAACUUCCCGAUGCCGUCAUCCCGGAGAGCCUCCACUCACAGUUUGUGGCUGUACAAGAAGAUUUCCUGAACGAUCCAGUGGAGUGUAGACGACAACUCAGACUGCUGAUCGAUAAGCUACCAUCUGAGCACUACAGUCUGCUGAAGUACCUUAUCCAGUUCCUAGUCAAGGUUUCAUCUCAACAGGACACCAACAAGAUGGGCUCCAUGCAGCUGGCCAUUGUCUUCGGUCCCAACCUCUUCAAGUGUCCUGAUGGCGUGGCAGGCCUGAGAGAACAGGGCAUCACCAACCAGAUAGUCAAGAGGUUUAUAGACGACUACGAUGAACUACUGUUGGAGGAGGGUGAAACUUCACCUUACUCAUCAAAGUGUAUCCAGGUGAAGGAAAGGAAGACCCCUCCCCCUAGGCCCAACCCCACUUACAAAGAGGCCCUUAAAAGGAAGGCUGAAGAAGAGGAGGCUUCCCGUAAUGGCCAGGGUGCAAGUGAAGACCAGCCAAAAGUUUACAACAGUGCCAAAUAUGAGGACAGCAACCACAAUGUACAGAUAAACAUUGUAGAUGCUUCUGGGACCACCAAGGAUUAUCUCAGGGCAAGCACGAGCUCUAUAGAAGAUGACAGAAGCGAGUCUCCAUUUGUUUAUGACAGUGAUGCCACCACUUAUUCACCCAUUGUUGGCUCGUUUGUUCAAGAGGUUGUGGAGCAGACCAUCCAUGAGACGGUGACCAAGCACAUGUUUGGGAACAGCAGUAGCUCGGAGGGCAGUGCACCAGUGGAGCUGGACACCACUCUCCAGGGACUGGAUGUCAGCCUCAACGACCCACUAGAUUCUCCUAAAGAUGCUCCAGUGCCAACUCCUAGGCGGCGUAGACGCCAGAAGAAACUCGAGGAAGACAGAAGACACGACACCGAGUCAUCAGAAGAAUAUAUCCCAGAGGACAGUAACAAUAGAGGCCCAGUUGAUAAAGUAGAUAGUUUGCAGGCAGCUGAAGAAGAAGACAUAUCAGCCACAUUGUCCUUCCAGGAGAAGGUCAAGAUUUUUGACGUGGACCAAAGCUCCGCGCCCGUCGGCGACGACAGGCCAGCAGCCCGUCCGAGACGACAGAGACCAAAUUCUCAAGCCUUUGAACUUUUCGAAACGCAAGAGCCUCGCGAAGAGGAGACUAUGGAAGAAGAACCAGUUGCAAUGGCAAUCACCAUACCUCACGCUGAAGACGACACAACAACACUGAGUAACCCCAAGGAACGGCCAGUUCCCAGACCACGGAGCACCAGUAGUCCCAGGCUUCGGGUGGAGGACGCUCCCACACCCAGCCCUCGCAGGUCACUAGAGGUGAAGAAACAUGUGGAAUCAGAUGACUUUGAUGACAGUGAUGAUGUCUUCCCAACUCUUGACAGUUGUGAGCCCUUAUCUUCUCUAACAGUGAACAGAGCUUCCGCACCAAAGAGAAGGAAACCAUCUCGAAAAUCGAAGGGGGAGGACCAGGAAGAGGACACAUUUGUGCAGAGAAUAAGCGAGGAAGACAUCGAGGAAGUCAAGAUGGAAGAACAACCAAAGAGAGUACAGCCUGCCAAGCAUGAGGACACCAGUCCUGAGGACAUAGAGAAUAUCGUCCCACCCUUGGACCUGGCCAGCCUCCAUGAACAUGGUGAUGGGGACGAGCCGAUCCCUGCUGGCAUGUGGCAUCACUCCCUGAAGGAAGAGGAGGAGGCCACUUUGUCACCCCGCUCCACCAAACUGAAGAAACGCCAACACAGCACUGGGCACAGCAGUCCCAUCCCCAUCCACCAUGGUGUGCCCAUCCACCAUGGUAUGGACGCCGACUUUGAAGCCCCUCUGUCUCCAAGUGUGUUACGUCCCCUUCCGUUCCUUCAAAGCGCUCCUGCUGAUGUGGACAUCCCCCCAUCUCCCCCAGCAUCACACAUGCACAGUAUGACCACAGAAGACAAGGAAAUUCGAGACCUGACCAAAAGAAUUCACAGUCUGAAAAAGAAAGUUCGAAGAUUUGAGACACAAUUUGAAGAGGAGAAAGGAUACAGACCCUCGCAUGCAGACAAGAUGGGCAGAACUGACAUCAGAAAAAUAGUCAACGAUUUGUCAAAGGCUAAGAAAGACCUGAAAGAUAUCAAGGACCGGGCAAGAGAGGAGAGACACUCUCUGAGUAAGACCCUCCCCACCAAGUUGAACUACCCUGUGGGAGGGGGGGAUGGGGACCCAGACUGCCCCCUGAGCGCUCUGAGGGGGUCCCUCAAUCACGCCCUCCAUGUCCUGGCCGAGAAGAGGGAGGAUGCAGACAGACCGGAAGAGCUAGAGAGAUUGACCAUGGAUGAGCUUCGUGAGGAGAAAGUGGCCAUGCAGAAAGAGCUCUUGCACCUUGAGUCCACUCAUGGAAGACCUACAUCUAAGGUUGAGAAAGACAUUGUGCGUCCACUGUAUGAAAGAUACCGACAGAUCAAGAAAUUCCUCUCCAAGCCGCCAUCACUCGGGGACCUUAGAAAUUUGGAAACAAUAGAGGAAGGAAUGAUGAUGGAAUUCCAACAGACCCCUCCAAAGGAUGAUGGUAUCAGUAGCACCAUGACUACUACUGACUUCACGGUGACCCAAAACUUUGGACUUCUCCAAGAGACUCGGGAGGAGGAGGAAGAUGAGGAGGCUGACCAGAACGGCGAGGGAACCAAUGAGAACGAGUUCACCUCAGAGACACUGCACCAAGCUAGCCUACAAGAACUGCUGGACCAUCUGAAGAAACUGAGGCUGGAGAAGAAGAGACUCAGGGCUGUGCUCAAGAGGUUUGAGGAUGACUUCUUCACACAACAUGGACGGAAAAUCACAAAAGAGGACAGAGGAGACAUGUCAUCCGAGUACAAAGCUUACAAGACUGUUAAACAAAGUUUGAAGCUGGUCGAAGCUCUCAUCAACAAAAAGGACGGCUCCAAAACCAUGUAGGCCGACUCUACUACAUGGGAGAACGCAGCACUACACAACAUAUCCAAGUCUUCACCACCACAACAAGAAAGCACAGCAUGUUCUUCUGAACUACACAUAUAUAGAGCUACUAUAUUGCCAAAUGUACUUGUAAACUGUAUAUUGCAAUUGGUUGCCAUUAUUAAUAAACAAAAGCUAUUACUGGAC